AUGCUCUCAAAUGCGACCAUUCCACUGUCGGUUGACUUCGACAGCCCCGAGGGCGUUCUUAUCUUUAUUUUCCACAUUCUGUUCGCUACAAGUGCCAUUCUCCUAGCUGGCUCGGUAGUGAUCGCUAUCUUUAGCACGAGAUCUCUGCGAAUACAGAAUCGGUUCAUAUUCAUGUUGAACACCAGCAUCAGUGACACACUGACUGGUUUUUCCAUUUACUACCUCGGUCUCUUCGACGUUCAAGAAGGCUACCCAUCCAGAAAUGGAACGUUUUACAUUUUGCCUUCAUUCCUAGGGGUGAAUGUGCUCACAUUUUUGUUUGCACAAUUUGACAGGUACUUUGCAGUGUGCCACCCCUUUUUUUACAAUCGCUUCAUCUCGCGUUCGUUUGUCAUUGGAAUUUGUGCAUUUUGUUGGAUUUACACCUAUUCCAUAUUAAUGGUGCAAAACAUGGUUCCCAUCUCAAAAGCUGCGCAGAUCAAUGCAUUCGGCGUUAUGACUUUGCAAAUAAUAGUUCUCACCAAGGUAUUGAUGACCAUCAAGUUGUACAUCAUAGCCAGAAACCAGCUAGGGCGAGAGGCACCCAGCACUGAGAGAGAUAACAAGAAAGAGUCUCUGCGCAUCAUAGUGUUUGUGGUCAUUUGCUUCUUAGCGUUAUGGGCUCCCUCCUUUGUCAAUAUCAUAGUGCGGCAGCUAACUUACCGUGGUCUGAAGUUUAGGAAUGAGGCAACGAAUCUGUUUGCCAUCUUGGCGAGGUUUAACGCAUUGGUCACACCAGCGUUGUACAUCUGGGGCAGCCCAGCACUAAGAGGUGCGGUAUGGAGAACGGUGUGGAGGAGAGUGUGUCCCAAACGGAAGGUAGGCUAUUACAAAGGAGUCACCAACCCUGGUCUUAUAGAGACCCCCCAGGUUUCCGUUUCAGACCCAUAA